AUGGUCAUAACUCAUAAAAUAACUUCGAACGAUCCCUUCAGUUGGCGGCAAAAUACAGGACCCAUUCCUUCACCUGGACUGCUGCCUCAUUCGACAUAUGCUACCUCUUGCGGUAGUGCCACCCGUGGUAUAACCACAUACCGUGCCUUUACUCUUCGUUCCGGGCCACCUCACCGAGGUAUUAAUAGCCGUGUCUCACUCCCUGUGCGACAACCACCUCCCUCUGUACAUACUGCUGCACCCCUGACAAACAGCCGAGCCAGUGCAGUGGUUGCCGCAUUGACAGCUAGGCAACGAGCUUUUGGCGGCGUGAUGAACGGCUCCGAUCCACAGCGAGUAUUGCCCACUUCCUUCUCCAUAGUCGAGAGUGGUCCGUUGCCUCUAAGCCGCUACGCUUUUCUGCCAGCCCUACAUCAGCAAUUCCACCUCCAAGCCAAAUUUCUUAGGCCUCAUGGACUUCGGACAAACCUUGGGCCUGGAGUAGGUCUCGGCUUACCAAAUGUAACUAAUAGGGCAGACGAUAGUGAAGAGGAAGAGGAGGAGGCUUACAAUAGCGUUGAGCCUUACACUUGCACAGCCGCUUUGGCUCAACGUCGCAAAAAUUCGCCUGAGCUUUGGCUGCGUCGUGUCGAACGGCUGACUAGAUUCCUGGAACGCAGGCCGCAUCGAGGCGAGCUGAUCGCUAAAAAUAUUCUUCCAAGCACAACACCGGAGGAGAGAGCUGAGAUGCGCGUUGAAAUAGAAGCAACUCUUGAGCGCAGACUUAGCCAGCGUCCUACUGCAGGGGAGCUAGAACAGAAGAACAUUUUGCAUUGUAAAUGA